CAGCUGAAGAUCGAUCACAACCCCUUCGCAAAAGGCUUCCGAGACAACUACGACACGAUCUACACGGGCUGCGACAUGGACCGCUUGACUCCGUCGCCCAAUGACUCUCCCCGCUCUCAGAUCGUGCCAGGGGCUCGUUACGCGAUGGCGGCGGCCGCGGCGGGCUCCUUUCUGCAGGACCAGUUCGUCAGCAACUACGCCAAGUCCCGUGGCUUCCACCACCACCACCACCCGGGAGCGGGCGCCGGAGGCGGCGUGGGACCCGGCGGGCCCGUCCCGGAUCGAGGCGUCCCUCACCCUAACGGGCUGCUGUCUCCCCAGCAAGCCGAAGAGCCCGCCGCGCCUUCGCCUCAGCGCUGGUUCGUCACGCCCGCCAACAAUAGGCUGGACUUCGCGGCCGCCUCAGCCUACGACCCCGCCGGAGAUUUGGCGGGAAACGCCGCCACACUGUUAUCCUACGCCGCUGCCGGCGUCAAGGCGCUUCCGCUGCAGGCGGCCGGCUGUACCGCUCGCCCGCUCGGCUACUACCCGGACCCCUCGGGCUGGGGGGCGCGCAGCCCGCCCCAGUAUUGCGCCAAAUCCUUGUCGUGCUGGCCCAACAGCAGCGGGGCCCGCGCUGGAGGAAACCCUUAUUUGCCCGCCGGGGCUGGCGGCGGGGAGGAACCCGACAGCCUGGCGCCCCCCGAGCGCUCCCCUUUGGUGGCACCCCCGCCGCCGCCCGCCGCCGGGCCGCCCGCCGAGGACUCCAAGCCCCCGAAGGACUUGUCCGACUCCAGCUGGAUCGAGACUCCCUCGUCCAUCAAGUCCAUCGAUUCCACCGACUCUGGGAUUUACGAGCAGGCCAAGCGCCGGCGGCUUUCUCCGGUGGGCACCCCGGCCUCCGAGAGCUCUUCGCCCCUCAAGAGCGAGCCCGCCUUGGCCCCCAGGGACUGCGACAAGACCUGCGCCAAGGACAUCGGCUACUACGGCUUCUACUCGCACAGCUAG